AUGAACACCAAUGUCUCCAUUGACAUCGUUGGAGCCGGUAUCUCUGGUCUGGCUACAGGCCUAAUGCUGGACAGUGUCGGCGUUCAUAACUGGGAACUCACCGAGGCUAGCGACCGCGUAGGAGGAAGAUUCCGAACAACCUUGGUUGGCGAUACGGAGGAGCUCGCAGAGAUGGGCCCAAUGAGGCUGCCAUAUAAGGUCACACACAAGAGCGAUAACUCCACACACGAGUGUACGGACCACCAGAUGACAUUUCAGUUGGCUGCGCUGCUAAACGAAAUGAAUAACAACGACCCUAAUCUGACGAUCGAUUUCAUUCCUUGGAUUCAGCAUCAUCCGAAUGAGCUUAUAGCUCUAGGCACUGGAAGACACCCAGAUGGCAGGAUCCCAACCCGCGCGGAGAUUGCAGCAAACUCCAGCCUUGGCGCACUCCCCGUUAUGACUUCGGCCGAGUUCAACAACACCAAGACAGAGAUGAACAAAAUCCUCAAGAAUGAGACACUUUUGAGAGAGAUUCAAGCAGAUGUUUGGAAUGUACACAAGCGAGUUAUGGAUGAGGGUUAUGACGACUGGAGCGAGCAGUCCUUGAUGCGCAACCGCUUGCAAGCCGACGAGAAUGUCACCGAUGCCAUCAGGACUGCGACCGACUAUGAUGUGUUUUGGGAUGAGAUGGUUCAUAACUCCAACCUUGGUCUAGAUGGAUCGCCGGACUCUCUUGGAGAGACCGAAUGGAAGUGCGUUGACAAAGGUUUCAACCGUAUCUCGGACGCCUGCAUUCCACAUGUUUCCAGCCGCCUUAUUCUCAACAGAAAGAUCCACAAGCUGGAGUCAUUUGAUGGGCUUGAUGGCCGCACACGAACUCGUUUGUCUUGGUAUCCCAGCACGAAGAAUAGAACAUUCGAGUCCAAGGAGUACGACUAUACCAUCAUGGCCGUCCCCUUCACUAUGACUCGGUUCAUGGACCUGCCCCAAUCCUCUUCUGUUCUUGGUCGGGCUAUCAGUGAGGCCGGUCUGCUAUUCAAGUCGGCCUGCAAGGUCUCGCUCCUAUUCUCUGAGACGUCCUGGGAGAAGAGUGAGCGGCCCAUCUUUGGCGGCUAUUCCAGGCCUGAAGACAAGGCCGCGGGAGCCUUGUACUACCCCGUCUACGGCUUGAAUCAGUCUCGGCCAGGCCUCAUAACCCAUUACCGAGGAGGAGACUGGAGCGACAGAUUUGCCAGUUUCACCGAAGAAGAGCAUGUGGGCUUGGUGUUGGAUUUGAUUACUAGCCUCCACGGUGAAGAGGCAUGGAUCAGCGAUUGCGGAAGGAUUAAAGUGUAUCGCUCCCCGCCUCUCGCAGCGUUGCGGCGCUCCGCAUCGUCUGAGUUGAUAAGAAAGGCAAGCGAGAAGCAGAGCAUCAUGUCUGAACCAAAGUCGGUCGCUAUCGUGGGCGCCGUUGCUCUGAGCAAACGUGACUACCGCGUGACUGUGUUCGACAGAUACCGUUAUGAUGAGACGCACUACGAGCCCGACUUGAACGGAAAUACGCAGGCGGCCUCAGUGGAUCACAACAAGAUCUUCCGAGCUUCUUACGGGAGUAAGCUUCAUUACCAGCGUCUCGCGUUCGAAAGUCGUGCUGCAUGGGAGAAAAUCAAUGAGAAGAGGCACCAAGACGGCGAUGAGCCCGAUCAAUCAGAGCUCUUCAGCGGGAGCGGCAUGCUGCGAGUUCAGCCCACCGCCGAACUAGAUCCACUCGAGCGUGAGACACUGAGCAACUUUGAACGAGACGGCCUCAGAGAUACUCAAUUCGUCAAGAGCGAUCCGAUCGACCGAGCUCGAGCAGCUGAGCGUGGAUGGGAAAGGAAGCUCCUGGAUUUCGAAAUCCCACAAGCCUCACCUGCUCAGACUUAUGAAGCCGUUCUGGACUCAACUGCCGGGUUCACAAAAUGCAGCGAAGCCUGUGCCUAUUUCUACAAGUUGGCUCUCCAACAGGGCGUCGAGUUCCAUUUUGGCUCCGAGAAAGGUGCCUUCGACAGUAUUGUCGAAGAAAUUGACUCACCAUCACACCUGAAGAAGGCAGUCGGGGUCAAGACCAAAGAUGGAGUCCUUCACAAAGCGGACGUCGUGGCCAUUUGUGGAAGCGUAGUCACCUUCAAGGUGGACAAGAACGACGCAAAGUUGUGGGACAAGUACUCCCCUGAACGCUUCCCGGUCAUCACUUGGAGGAGUGCACCACGCAACCCGAGCGGGAAAGACACCGGCAGUGUUUACGUUUUUCCUCGGACUGCCGAUGGUCUCAUCAAAAUCGGGUUCCGAGGCAUCAAGUUUACCAACUUCCAACAUGCGCCUUCGGAGGCGGGCUUCACUCAGGACGGCCAAUGGAGUGUGCCUCUCCCGCCUGCUGACUGCAGCAUAGUCCCGGACCCUGCAAAGGAGGCCAUCCGAAAGUUCGUCUCCAUCUUUCUUCCGGAGUUCGCCGACAAGGACUUCAAUUCGACUAAGCUAUGCUGGUAUACCGACUCUCUAGAUAACUCUUUUGUUAUCGACCAUGUGCCUACUUAUUCUCAAGGGUCUGUCUUCGUCGCGACUGGAGGCAGUGGACACGGUGCCAAGUUUCUUCCCGUGCUUGGCGAGCACGCAGCCGACAUCUUGAUACAUGGUGACCAGAGUACUUCCUUCAUGAGGCAGCACUGGCGCUGGAGGGAUAACAUUCGCAGGGGCAACGGCCUAGAAGAGGGCCCUGACGGCCCGAGAAACAUUGGAGGAUCAAAGGAGGCUUAG